AUGGAUCGCUACCAGAGGGUCGAGAAGCCGCGGGAGGAGGCGCCCAUCGGCGCCAACGAGAUCCGCAUCACGGCGCAGGGCCGCACCCGCAACUACAUCACCUACGCCCUCGCCCUGCUCCAGGAAGAAGCUACAGAUGAAAUUGUUAUAAAGGCUAUGGGAAGGGCUAUCAACAAGACAGUGGCCAUUGUGGAGCUUCUCAAGAGAAGGAUUGCUGGUCUCCAUCAGAAUAACUCCAUCGAAUCAAUCAAUAUAACUGACACUUGGGAGCCGUUGGAAGAAGGCCUGAAUGUAAUUCUUGUACGACUUCUUGACAGACUUGAGACUACUCGCCAUGUUUCCUUGAUUACCAUUACCUUGUCAAAGAAAGAGCUGGAUACAUCGUCUCCUGGUUACCAGCUACCGAUACCAGCUGAUCAGGUCAGGCCACCAACAGAAUUUGAUCAGGAUGCAGAGGAUGUGCCAAGUGGCCGUGGAAGAGGCCGUGGUCGCCGGGGAAGGGGCAGGGGAAGAGGAGGGUUCAGCGAUGGAGGGGCAGACUACGAUGAUGAGAAUGGAGACAUGGAAGGUCCACGGGGAUAUCGUGGCAGAGGGAGAGGAAGGGGUAGGCGUGGAUCCUUUGGGCCUGGAAGGGGUUAUGGUGGUGAUGGCUAUGGCUAUGUAAAUGAAGAAGCUGGUGGGUAUCAUGGCAUGGAGCAUAAUGGACCUCCUGUGCAAGGAUAUGAAGGUGAUGGAGGAAGGGGCCGUGGUCGAGGACGUGGACGUGGCCGUGGACGCGGUGGGGGUCGUGGCCGUGGACCAUUUCCUCAAGGACCUCCUCAAGAGUAG